AUGCCGCCAUUGCCGGUGGAACAAACCGGUGAAUCACCCGCCUCCGGUGGCGGAGGAGCAGCAGUAGCAGGCGGACCACCAUCAGGAUCGGGUGAUUCACAAAGAUCUCUCCCAACUCCAUUUUUAACCAAAACAUAUCAGUUAGUUGAUGACCUGUCGGUUGAUGACUUAAUUUCGUGGAACGAAGAUGGAUCAACCUUCAUAGUAUGGCGUCCUGCAGAAUUCGCUAGAGACUUGUUGCCUAAAUAUUUCAAGCACAACAACUUCUCUAGUUUCGUUCGCCAACUAAACACUUACGGAUUUAGAAAGGUGGUACCAGAUCGAUGGGAAUUCGCGAACGAUUGUUUCCGGCGAGGCGAGAAAGCACUUCUUCGCGAUAUUCAGCGCAGGAAAAUCUCUCCGACGGCGGCAUCAGCGGCUGCUUCUGCCACUGUUACGGUGGCCGCCAUCCCCGCGGUGGCGAAAACUGUUUCGCCGGCGAACUCUGGCGACGACCAGGGAAUGUCGUCAACGUCGUCGCCUGGCGGGGCAGGGACGGCGGGAGGAGCUAAUUCGUUGCUCCGAACGACGAGCUGUACGACGACGCUGGAGAUUCUGGAGGAGAACGAAAGGUUGAGGAAGGAGAACUCGGCGCUCACUCACGAGUUGACUCAGUUGAGGGAUUUGUGUAAUAAGAUAAUGGUGUUGAUGAAUAAUUACGCGUCUUGUCAGUUAGAGGGUAAUAGUGGAAAUAACAGCAAUAACAAUUUGACGGAUGUUAAGGCUGCUUUGGGACUGUUACCGGCGGCGGAGGAAGUGGCGGUUAGUGGUGGGCCUAGGGUUGCCGCGGCGGUCACGGAGGAGGAGUUGAGUCCGAGACUGUUUGGGGUUUCUAUUGGAGUUAAGCGCGUGAGGAUAGACGAUGAGGAGGAGGGUCGGCAACCAACGGAUGGGAAUGAGCAUGGAUCUGGUGUUAAAGCAGAGCCGUUGGAUGGUAAUUCAGGAAAUUCCGGUCAUCAGGAUCAGCGGUGGUUAGAGCUUGGGAAAUGA